GCUAUGCCACAGAAACUUCUUUCCACCCAAAAAAGAUUUAUAACAAUUUAAACAAACAAAAUCAACAAAAUAUAGAAAAUAACACACUUUCAAUUCUUUGAACUUUCUGCAACAAUGGCUGCCACAAUGAUGACUUCUCUCCCACAGUUCAAUGGACUCAAACCCAAAACUUUCUCAACUUCUCCAGUUCAGGGCUUGGUGGCAGUUCAACCAAUGAGGCGUAAAGGACAUGGCGCUUUGGGAGCUCGCUGCGAUUUCAUUGGCUCGCCCACAAAUUUGAUAAUGGUGACUUCAACCAGCCUAAUGUUGUUUGCUGGUAGAUUUGGGUUGGCACCAUCAGCAAAUAGGAAGGCAACUGCAGGACUAAAGCUUGAGGUAAGGGACUCAGGCCUACAGACUGGGGACCCUGCUGGAUUUACACUUGCUGAUACUUUGGCUUGUGGUGUUGUUGGUCACAUUAUUGGUGUUGGGGUUGUUCUUGGCCUCAAAAAUAUUGGUGCUAUCUAAAAUUGAUUUGUACUACUAGACAUCUCAUUUAUCUCUGUUUAUACCCUUAAUUAAUCUUUUGUGAAUUAUUCCUAUUUCUAGCA